CAUUCAAACAAGGCGGCAGCUGUGCUUCAGGCCGACGGUAGCCGCGGAUUUACGCCGAAAACAUCGGCCUGGCCGAGUGAAAGCGCCGAAUAAGAGAAUGGCCGAGGUGUCGGUGGCAGAAGUGCUGGAGCUGCGGGCGAGCGACGCGCUGACCGAGCCCGAGGUGUGGAACUUGUUGCGAGGACUGCUGCUGGCGCACACGCAAGGCAUCCCCGCCACCACCAGCAUCGGCCCGAGCGACAUUUUGAUCAACGGCCGGGGCCAGUUGCGGAUCCGGAGCCCGUCCGCCGUCUGCAAAUCGAUUCCCAGGGACAGAGAGUGGGUCUGCCAGCUGGGGCAGGCGAUGCGGUCCAUUUCGCCCCCGUCGCCGUCACAAAGGCUGGCCCGGCUGCUGAGAGCAAUGACUGGCGAACAACCGCAGAACAGGCCCUCCCUCGCCGGCAUAUCCAAGGAACUUGAGGACUACAGCGGCCAAGGCAGCGCGGACCUCGUCAGUGCCCUCUACGCCGAGGUCAUGGGCCCCUCAGAGUCCGUUGUGUCCAAGAUGACGAGUGAAAGUUCAAAAAAUACGUCUGACGAGCAUGAAAACGGGCCGAUUUUCUCCUCAACGCCGAUGUUGAACUUGAAGGAGCAGCCAGUGUUCGAUCUGGCAGAGGAAGGCACGCCGAUUCUGCCGACGAAGAGGCCGCCGCAAAUCACGCGGUCGCUCUCAAGUCCGUCUAAUUCGUCCAAAGGCCUAAUAAAACGCAACCCAGUGCACAGGGCACCGUCCAGACUCUACAGAGCCAAACCUCCGACUAUUGGAAAGUACCUUUGUCCUUCAACCUGUGUCGGUCCUGAGUUUGUGGUCCGCAGUUCUCUUCCCAGCAAGGAAAUUCUAGUGCCAGACGACGACAAGCGGGUGGGAAAAAGACGGCUGACGGUGGUGCUGCUCGGAGGCCAGCGGCUCGACGUGUUGUGUGCACCAUCUUCUGUCACGGCUGCGAACGUUCUCCAGGUUGUUCUUGACCAGGAAGGUCUGAAGCAAAGUUUCAUGCUUGGACUUGCACAUCGCGUUGGCGCCGACCUGAUUUUCCUGCCGCCGACAAUUCCUCUUGCAAAAAUCGCGCCCAAAAGUUGGCUUUCCAGCAUUCUGAAGGGACCUGAUGUUCCCUUCACUCUGUUCGUCAGGGUGCAGCUGUUCCCACCAACCCUGAGAGGUGUUCGUUGGGAGGCUAAACACCUUCUGUACUUGGAGCUGAGAAGGGCGCUGAUCGAAGGUCGCCUGCUGUGUUCCCAGGGACAGCAGGAAAUUCUGGCCGGUCUUGCGCUGCAAGCUGAAUUUGGUGAUUUCUCUUCUCAGCUUCAUGAUUCUGAAUACUUUAUCCUUGAGCAUUACAUUUCUGAAGAGUUGCUCAGUGAUUCGAGCAAAGAGCAGCAGGCGCUGUUGAGAUACAACAUGCAGGAGCAGCACCAGGCGCGCCGCAGCCUUGAUCCUGGAAGGGCCGAAGAACUUUUCGUCAGCAACUGCCAGAGUCUACGUGACUACGGCACCCACUUCUUCCAAGCUAACCAGUUGAUGAAGUACGGCCGUAAAUUGUCUGUCAGGGUCGGAGUUCGAAGCUCGGGAAUCGUCGUCAAAGACAGCGAAAGCAACACUGAAACUUACCAAAUGACUUGGACGGCCAUUUCCAAACUCAGCUUCAGCAAGGAGCAACUCGUCGUCCAGUGCUCCGAGGGGAAGUUCAAGUUUGUUUUUCUCCAUAAAAUGAGCCACUUUGUGUUUCACCUUGCUUCUUUACACCACCAAUUUUCCCUGCGGCUCAGAAACCAAGUGUACAACACUGAUUCUCUCUCAAAAGCUUUUGGGGUCAUAGCUCUGCAGAGUUAUGAGCCUGAAGACGAACGGGACACUUGCUCCUUGAGGUCUGGUGUUUCGAGACACAGUUCGGUGGUCUUGAAGCAGAACAAGGAGAACCAGGAGCAAGUGCGGAGGCCUCUGGGGGUGCGGAUGGGCACCAGGGCAGUGUUUGAGAGCAGGGAGAGCCUGGUCAACUCAGAAACCACUCCUAGCUCUCCGGAACCCACCAUUCCGGAAGCGUACAUCAUAAACGCCAGUAUGAAGAGUGACGAGGUACUUUUCAAAGAUGCCUCUGACAUGUCUGUGACGGAGGAAAGAAUCCUGCGAUCCGUCACUUUGGACAAAGAUGAAAAUGGGAGCUUCGGAAUCCAAGUGACAGAAGGAUCAGACGGGGCCGUCUACAUCCAAGCAGUAUUGCCUGGCGGUGCAGCUGACAAGCAAGGGGUCAUAAAAAGAGGAGACCAAGUAAUAGCUGCAGGAGGCAAAACUCUCACCGACUUGAGGUACACAGAAGCUCUGAAAAUUCUGCAAGACUGCUGUUGUUCAGCCCAAAAAGUGGAUCUCGUUGUGUCGCAACUCUACACCGAGGGACUAACGCUGGUGACGUCCCAGGUGACUGCCAAGUACCGAAAGCAAAAGGCCUCGCUCUUCCCGCUCAGUUCCAACCGGUUGGACAUUGUGUCCGCCCUGCAGAAGCCAGUUGAGGACCACUACUUGGCUCAAAUCCGAUACCAAACCGACCAGGAAACUAACGAAAUGCUUAUUAGCAAGAAACUGCCGCCGUCUCCACAGAUUAACUAGAUGACUAAUGAUCUCUAUUCUAUAUUACUCUAUUUUUCUUGACUUUGCUGAGAAUAUUAUUUGUUUGGCAACGAAUGAUCUGAAUAUAUUUUAUAAAUUUACAGUAGAAAUAAAAAUGCAUAUUUACUUUCAAAUA